GUUCUUUUAUUGUGAAGGCAGCAGCCGGAAGCUCUUGUUCUGCUGUGACGGUCUUGACGCGCAUGCGCAGCAGCAGUCGGUAAAGUGUCCACGGGCUCCACAUCCACAUAGUUAAAAUGAGCUCCAUCGGUACCGGGUAUGACCUGUCGGCCUCCACCUUCUCUCCGGAUGGCCGAGUGUUCCAGGUGGAGUACGCCAUGAAGGCGGUGGAGAACAGCAGCACGGCCAUAGCGAUCCGCUGUAAGGACGGCGUGGUGUUCGGGGUGGAGAAGCUGGUUCUGUCCAAACUCUAUGAGGAGGGAUCAAACAAACGCAUCUUCAACAUCGACAGACACGUUGGCAUGGCCGUAGCGGGCCUGUUAGCUGACGCCCGCUCCCUCGCCGAUGUCGCCAGAGAAGAGGCAUCCAGCUUCAGAUCGAACUACGGACAUGACAUUCCCCUGAAGCACCUGUCAGACAGAGUGGCCAUGUAUGUCCACGCCUACACGCUCUACAGCGCCGUGCGGCCGUUCGGCUGCAGCUUCAUCCUGGGCUCGUACGACAAAGACGACGGUCCUCAGCUCUACAUGGUCGACCCAUCAGGGAUCUCAUACGGUUACUGGGGAUGUGCCAUCGGGAAAGCCAAACAGGCAGCAAAGACAGAGAUCGAGAAGCUGCAGAUGAAGGAGAUGACGUGCCGGGAGCUGGUCAAAGAGGUUGCUAAAAUAAUCUACAUUGUUCAUGACGAGGUGAAGGAUAAAGCGUUUGAGCUGGAGCUCAGCUGGGUCGGUGAAGUCACAAACGGACGACAUGAGCUGGUACCCAAAGACAUCAGAGAGGAGGCCGAGAAAUACGCCAAGGACUCUCUGGAGGAGGAGGAUGACUCUGAUGAAGACAACAUGUAAACUCAGCACUGGACCCCACACCCUUCAUCUGAAGCCUUUUUUAUGUUUUAUAGCUCAUCAACUUUCUCGUGGUUGUUUUUCUUUGGUUGGAUGGAUUUCAGCUUUGAAAAUAAAUGUUUGUGUACUACA